AUGCAGAGAGCGAGCUGCGGCGCAACUGUUGCUGGUAAGCACUCGAGCUUACGGGACACUGGCACGAAACGGCCCGAAGUGGCACGGGGUAUCAUCAGUGCGACGGCUGCCGCCCAGUCGCAGAGAGAGCGAGACGAUCGGCAAACUAGCACCACCACGUAUCGAAUCGCGACGAGUUCGAUUGGUUCGGCAGGACUCGACGAGGAAUCUAGUCGUCGCUUUGACCGCUUUUCGAUUGUUGCGCGGCAGCUUGUCGACCAUCAGUAUGAUUGA